AUGCGUCGGUAUUCGAGAUAUCUCUCUGGGUCGGUGCUGCUCGCUUCCAUGGGAGGUGUGCAGGCCAAGCUCGACCUGAAUUCUUCCAGCAAUAUUGCAGUCUACUGGGGCCAAAAUUCGUUCGAAGCUGCUGGAGGCCAGGGUCAUGCUCAACAGCCUCUUGGCUAUUACUGCGACAACAAGGACAUUGAUGUCAUCCCGAUGGCGUUCGACAUGAUGAUCAACGGCCCGGGCGGUGCCCCCGAGAUUGACUUCUCUAUUACAAGCGCGGGCUGCGAUGUGUUUAAAGGAACACAACUGAAGAACUGCCCUGGAAUUGGAAAGGACAUCAAGAAAUGCCAGGACCAAGGCAAGACUAUCCUUCUCUCGAUUGGAGGUGCAACCUACAGCGAGGGCGGCUUCAAGUCCGAAGCCGAUGCCAAAAACGGAGCUCAGCUUAUCUGGGAAACCUUUGGCCCGAAGAAGGAGGGAUCGAAGGCUCUUCGUCCCUUCGGCGAUGCCAGCCUUGAUGGCUUCGACUUCGACUUCGAGGCCAACGUCGAGCACAUGGUGCCAUUUGCCAACGGCCUCCGCGACUUGAUGAACAAGGAGACCGACAAGCAGUACUUCCUGACUGCCGCACCUCAGUGCCCGUACCCUGACCAGGCGGAUAAGCAGAUCCUCAACGGCCCUGUUGACAUAGAUGCCGUGUGGGUGCAGUUCUACAACAACUACUGCGGCGUCAACAACUUCAACACGGACCAAAAGACCUCCAAGUUUAACUUCGAGGAGUGGGACAACUGGGCCAAGACCGUCUCCAAGAACAAAAACGUCAAGGUCCUGGUCGGCGUUCCUGCUGACACCACCGCUGCCAGCACCGGAUAUGUGUCCGUCGACAAGAUCGCCCAAGUGGUCGAGUACUCGAAGCAGUUCGAGAGCUUCGGCGGUGUCAUGAUGUGGGAUGCGUCGCAGGCAUACGCAAAUCAGGGAUUUAUUGAUGGCGUGCGCAAGGCGCUGGGUGAAGAGGGUUCCGGUUCGUCGUCGUCGUCCAGCUCGGCGUCGACCACGGCGCCUGCACCUUCGUCCACUAACACAACGAAUACCUCUACCUCUUCCAAUGCACCCGGCUCCUCGUCCUCGUCUUCCUCCUCCUCUGGGUCUGGCUCCUCGUCCAGUGGGCCUGAUCAGACCCCUACCCCUACUCCCACCACCCUCACAACCAAGCCAACCACCAAGCCGACUACCAGCCCUGAGCCCACGCCGCCUCAGACCACGACGCCUCAGGCCACGAAGGCCGAACCGACCACGACUACACCCGCUCCCGAGCCGACGUCGACCUCUGUACCCACCGAGACGCCCACCACUACUACGCCUGCUCCAGCGCCCACUACGCCGCCCGCGCAGCCAGACGACGACGACGACGACGACGACGACAGCUCGGAUGAUGGCCAGAGCCCGGAUUCUCUUGAUAACCUCUUCAGCGGUGACCUCUUUGGGCUUCUGAGCGGCAUUCGUCAAGCUAACAACGCUGUUAACGGUGUUGCCCAUGGUUUGGCCAAGAACCUCCGUCGCGCCAACCGCAUUGGAUAUUAA